UAACUAGUUACACCCACUCUGAAGCAGAAGGGGAAUGAAACGCUGGCGCUUCCUCCUUUCUGCUACAGGCAGCUGGGGCUUGGGAAAUACAGCAGGCAAAGAUGUUUGUGCUGUUGAUGAUGAGUGACUGUGACACCAUGGGAAACGCGGAGAGCCAGAGCGUGGAGCACGCCUUCUAUGGAGACAAGCACACCAGCCUGGGCCGCAAGCACACUUCCCGCUCUCUGCGCCUCUCCAAUAAAGCCUCUCGCCGGACGCGGCAUGCUUCUUCUGGAAAAAUCAUCCACCGUAACUCAGAAGUGAGCACCCGCUCCAGCAGCACCCCCAGCAUCCCCCAGUCCCUGGCGGAGAAUGGCCUGGAGCCCUUCUCCCAGGAAGCUAACCUAGAGGACUUUGGAAGCCCCAUCUGGGUGGACCGCGUGGACAUGGGCCUGCGGCCCGUUUCCUACCACACUGACUCCUCUGUAACCCCCAGUGUAGACAGCAGCACCGUGCUCACCGCCGCCUCCGUCCAGAGCAUGCCUGACUCAGAGGAGAGCAGGCUCUACGGGGACGAGCCGCCCUUUCUGGCAGAGGGUGACGGGAGGUCACAUCGAUACUCGUCCAACGGGACAAACUUUAUGGAGACAGCCAGCUUCAAGAAGAAGCGCUCCAAAUCGGCCGACAUCUGGCGUGAAGACAGCCUGGAGUUUUCGCUUUCUGACCUCAGCCAGGAGCAUUUAACGAGCAACGAGGAAAUCCUGGGCUUGGCUGAGGAAAAGGAUGCCGAGGCCACCCGGGCACAGGAGGCUGAUGGCAGCCCCCAGCCACUGGUUGCCUGCCAGCGUGCCAACUCUAUGAGUGACUUGUAUUCCCCCAAAACCCCAAGCGCUACUGUCAAUGGGGGCCCAAGGAAUGCCUUUGGAGGGUACUGCCGGAAUUUAGUGUCCGACAUCCCGGAUAUUGGGAGCCAUAAGAUGGCAUCGGUUACCGCUGAGGAUGCGCCUUCCUACAGUAAUUACAAUACGCUGCCCUGUAGGAAAUCCCACUGCCUUUCCGAAGGGGCCACCAACCCCCAAAUUAGCCAUAGUAACAGCAUGCAAGGCAGAAGGGCAAAAACUACUCAGGAUGUCAACGCAGGUGACGGGAGCGAGUUCACUGACAGUGGGAUCGAGGGAGCAGCCACCGACACUGACCUUCUUUCUAGACGCUCCAAUGCUACCAACUCAAGUUACUCCCCGACAGCCAGUCGGGCUUUCAUCGGCAGCGACAGUGGGAGCAGCUCGACAGGCGAUGGGCUUCGGCAGGGGGUGUACGAGAACUUCCGCCGGGAGCUGGAGAUGAGCACCACCAACAGCGAGAACCUGGAGGAGGCCGGCUCUGCCCUCAGCGACGAGCAGAGCAGCGGCACCCUCAGCUCCCCAGGGCAGUCUGACAUCCUCCUGACAGCUGCCCAGGGCACGGUACGCAAAGCCGGUGCUCUGGCAGUGAAAAACUUCCUGGUGCACAAAAAGAACAAGAAAGUGGAGUCAGCCACGCGCCGGAAAUGGAAGCACUACUGGGUUUCCCUGAAAGGAUGCACGUUGUUUUUUUAUGAGACUGAUGGCAGAUCCGGCAUUGACCACAACAGCAUCCCAAAGCACGCUGUCUGGGUGGAAAACAGCAUAGUGCAAGCGGUGCCUGAACACCCCAAGAAGGACUUUGUCUUCUGUCUCAGUAACUCCCUUGGAGACGCUUUCCUCUUUCAGACCUCUAGCCAGACUGAACUGGAGAACUGGAUCACGGCGAUCCAUUCAGCCUGUGCAACCGCAGUGGCACGGCAGCAUCACAAAGAGGACACCGUCAAGCUCCUGAAAACAGAGAUUAAAAAGCUGGAGCAGAAGAUUGAUAUGGAUGAAAAGAUGAAGAAAAUGGGUGAAAUGCAGCUGUCCUCAGUAACGGACUCCAAGAAGAAGAAGACCAUACUGGAUCAAAUCUUCGUUUGGGAACAAAACCUUGAACAGUUCCAGAUGGACCUAUUUCGGUACCGCUGUUACUUGGCUAGUCUCCAAGGAGGGGAGCUCCCAAACCCUAAAAGGUUGCUUGCUUUUGCCAGCCGUCCAACGAAAGUUGCAAUGGGCCGUCUUGGAAUCUUUUCAGUCUCAUCUUUUCAUGCGCUGGUGGCGGCUCGCACAGGGGAGUCCGGAGUGAGGAGAAGGACACAGGCCAUGUCCAGGUCUGCCAGUAAAAGAAGAAGCAGGUUUUCUUCUCUUUGGGGGCUGGAUACCACCUCGAAAAAAAAGCAAGGGAGGCCAAGCAUUAAUCAGGUGUUUGGUGAAGGAGUUGAUUCAGUAAAGAAAUCCCUUGAAGGCAUCUUUGACGAUACAGUCCCGGACGGCAAGAGAGAAAAAGAAGUGGCACUGAGCAGCGUCCACCAGCACAAUCCCGACUGUGAUAUUUGGGUUCAUGAGUAUUUCACGCCGUCUUGGUUUUGCCUGCCGAACAACCAGCCUGUUCUAACAGUCAUCCGUCCUGGGGACACCACACGAGAUGUGCUGGAAAUGAUUUGCAAGACGCACCAGCUGGAUUACUCUGCUCACUACUUGCGUCUUAAAUUCCUGAUUGAAAACCAGAUCCAAUUUUAUGUACCAAAGCCAGAAGAGGAUAUCUAUGAACUGCUGUACAAAGAAAUAGAAAUCUGUCAGAAAAUUACACAGCACAUUCAAAUAGAGAAGUCUGAUGCAUCCUCUGAUAUUUAUGGUUUCUCUCUGUCCUCUGUGGAAGAAGAAGGGAUUCGUCGGCUGUAUGUGAACAGUGUCAAAGAGACAGGCUUAGCUUUCAAGAAAGGCCUGAAAGCUGGUGAUGAAAUUGUGGAGAUUAACAAGAAAGCUGCUGAGGAUCUGGACUCAGCUUUGCUGAAAGAUGCCCUUGUUCAGACUUCACUCUGUCUUACUGUGCGCACCUAUCCUGAGAUAGAGGAGGGGCAGAAACUAACGCAGCCACCACCACAUCGCUUGGAAAACCCAUCUGACUUGAGUGACAGCACACUGGCAUUUGCUGGGAGCAACCAAGCAGGGCACUCCGGCGACGUGGACAGCUCUGUUGAGACAGCUCCAGAGGAGGCAGAAGCACAAGACUUAGAGUCAUCUGACGAGGCCGAUAAGAUGAGCAAGAGUACAGAGCAGGUCGCUGCUUUCUGUCGCAGUCUGCAUGAAAUGAACCCUUCUGAUUCAAGUGCUCAUCCUCAGGAAUUUACAGGACCCCAGCUGGCCACCAUGAGACAACUCACAGAUGCAGAUAAACUACGAAAGGUUAUCUGUGAACUUCUUGAGACAGAGCGCACCUAUGUCAAAGACUUAAAUUGUCUAAUGGAGAGAUACCUGAAGCCUCUACAAAAGGAAACGUUUCUCACACCAGAUGAGCUGGACGUUCUCUUUGGAAAUCUGACUGAAAUGGUAGCAUUCCAGGUAGAGUUCUUGAAAACUCUUGAAGAUGGAGUAAGGCUGGUUCCAGACCUGGAAAAGCUUGAAAAAGUUGAGCAAUUUAAGAAAGUGUUGUUUUCCUUGGGUGGAUCCUUUCUUUAUUAUGCUGACCGGUUCAAGCUGUACAGUGCCUUCUGUGCCAGCCACACAAAAGUCCCCAAAGUACUGGUGAAAGCCAAGACAGACACUGCUUUCAAGGCAUUUCUGGAUGCUCAGAAUCCUCGACGGCAGCACUCCUCCACACUGGAGUCUUACCUCAUCAAACCCAUCCAGCGGAUACUGAAAUACCCUCUCCUGCUGAAGGAGCUCUUUGCUCUAACUGAUGUAGACAGUGAAGAACAUUAUCACCUUGAUGUGGCCAUAAAAACAAUGAACAAAGUUGCCAGCCACAUUAAUGAAAUGCAAAAAAUCCAUGAAGAAUAUGGGGCAGUGUUUGACCAACUCAUAGCAGAACAAACAGGGGAGAAAAAAGAGGUUGCAGACCUUUCAAUGGGAGACUUGCUCUUGCAUAAUACAGUGAUAUGGCUGAAUCCUCCUGCCUCACUGGGGAAAUGGAAGAAGGAACCUGAGCUGGCAGCAUUUGUGUUCAAAACUGCUGUGGUCCUUGUGUACAAGGAUGGUUCCAAACAGAAGAAGAAACUUGGAGGAUCACAUAGAGCUUCAAUUUAUGAAGACUGGGAUCCAUUCCGCUUUCGCCACAUGAUACCUUUAGAAGCACUGCAAGUUCGUGCAUUGGCAAGUGCAGAUGCAGAAGCCAAUUCUGUAUGUGAGAUUGUCCAUGUUAAAUCUGAGUCUGAAGGCAGGCCAGAAAGAACGUUUCACCUUUGCUGUAGUUCACCAGAACACAGGAAGGACUUUCUGAAGGCAGUGCACUCGAUUUUACGGGAUAAACACAGAAGACAACUUCUUAAAACCGAAAGUUUGCCCUCAUCCCAGCAAUAUGUUCCUUUUGGUGGAAAAAGAUUGUGUGCUCUAAAAGGUGCAAGGCCAGCCAUGAACAGGGCAGUGUCAGCCCCAAGCAAGUCUCUUGGGAGGAGGAGGCGGCGGCUGGCCCGAAACAGGUUUACCAUUGACUCAGAUGCCGUCUACACGAGCAGCCCUGAAAAAGAGCCCCAGCAGUCCACACACAGUGGGGACACUGACCGCUGGGUAGAGGAACAGUUUGACCUUGCUCAGUAUGAGGAGCAGGAGGACAUCAAGGAAACGGACAUCCUCAGCGAUGACGAUGAGUACUGCGAGGCCAUGAGAGGUGCUGUGGCCGACCGAGACCUUCAGGAGCGGCUGCAGGCGGCCUCCAUCACAAGCAGCCAGCCGUGCCGAGGGGACCACUCACGCCCAACCAUGGACACGCAUGCCUCCAGGAUGACCCAGCUGAAGAAGCAGGCUGCCUUUACCGGCAUCAACGGCGACAUGGAGGGCCACGGCGAGGAGGUCAUCUGGGUCAGGCGUGAAGACUUUGUCCCUAGCAGGAAACUGAACACAGAGCUCUAAACCAGUCCCCUUCCCCACCUAGAUGCGUAGGUCUCCCUGCCCUCACCCCUCCCUCCUGCCCCCGCACACUGCGGAGAGCUGAUCCCGAUAGAUUGCACACUUGCACACACCAUUUCGGCAGCUGAAUUGGUCCAAAGCCAUGUGGCCACACUUUAGGCAACUGUAAAAUGCUCAAAACCUGGAACAGAAUAAGCUUAAGGUCCUGUCUUACGUUACCAAGGGCUUUCACACUAUUUUAUUUAUUCUAAAAUAAUCAGGGGCUGAAAUUAAGUACGGGGAGAAUAUAAUCACUGGAAAACAAAUUACUCUGGAUGUCUUAACCUACAUGCAGCGAACUAGCUUAAACAGAGCACAACA